AUGGUAUUCUGUGGAUUCAACUCAGCUAUUGGUUUAGUAUAUAUUGAAAUAACUGAAAAAUGGGGUGUUGCAAAAGGAAAUCUACAAUGGAUAGGAUCACUGCAAAUAGGAAUUGCCUUUUUAAUAGGGCCACUUGUAUCAUCUGUUUCAAAUUCAAUCAGCGCUAGACGGAUAGUAAUAGUAGGUGGAUGUCUGCAGUUUGUUGGAUACCUCCUGAGUGCCUUUGUUAGUUCAGUUAACCUUCUCUAUGUAACUCUGGGAAUUGUUGUAGGAAUUGGUAACGGUUUAGCAUUAACGUGUACACUGCUGAUACUGAAUGAGUUUUUUGACACCAAAUUACCUUUAGCUACUGGUAUUGUAAUAUCCGGAGGCGGAAUUGGAAAUAUAAUAUUUUCACCUCUAGUUGACCUCUGUCUCAAGAACUACGGAUACCAAGGAACUCUUAUGAUAUCUGCUGCAAUUGCAUUACAUGUACAGAUAACAGCAGUAACGUUUUCUCAAAGGCGACCAACACAAGGUCAAAUAUUAAGCUUGAGUAAACAAAUAUCAAAUAUGAUGGAUUUUGACCUUCUAAAGACUCCAGCGUUUACUUGUAGUAUUAUUUCAAACAUCUUGUCCUCAAUGGGGUUUUAUGUACCGUUUGCAUUCCUUCCGAACUCCGCAGCUCAUUAUGGAAUUGAUGAUAUCAGUAUUCCAUGGCUUAUAUCAAUAAUUGGUUGUUCUUCGUCAUUAGGCAGACCAUUCUUUGGCUGGAUGGCUGUAACGUUCUAUAGACAAAAGAUAUUGCUAUAUUCAUUCGUGCUAACUGGCUGUGGUUUAUCUAUUUUGAUGAUGCAGAUUUGGAGAAAGUUUUAUUUGCUUGCAAUUGCAUGUGCCUUAUUUGGAAUAACCUCAGGAGGCACUGUGUGUUUGUCAACAAGUAUAUUACCUGAUAUAGUACUACCCCAAUCACUUUGUAAUAGUGUUGGUAUAACGCUACUUUUUCAAGGGCUCGGUACUAUCAUUGGCACACCUGUUGCAGGAGGACUGAUAGAAAUUGUUAGGAAUGAUGGUAUAAUUUACAUGUAUGGCGGCAUAACGUUCCUCUGUGCUGCUAUGAUCAUGAUUCCAGUAAUUUAUAUAACUACCUCAGAAAAACAUAGACAAAAAUUUCAUCAAAAAGUUCUUGUUACUAUUGAAUCUGGUUUACCAGAUAUCAUUAUUCACGUCGAUAGACAGCAUUCCAUAACUGACACAGAAUGGGUUGUAAAUAUUUGAGUAUGGAAGUAAAAUGAGUCAAUAUAAUACUUCCAUGGUGUGAGCAAGCAAAGAUUACAAAGAAAGAAUCUGAUUUUCGUAUUCAAAAUGUUUUCUUAAUUUUUUGACAAAACUUGUCGCCGUAAU